AUAUUAGAGCUAGUAUAUAAAUAAUAAUUUGUAAGUACACAUCCCUUUUGGAAAUCAGCUUUUGCUGAAAAGGCCAAUGUGUUUAAAUAAAGUUGAUCUAUCUAUCUAUCUAUUUCAAAAACGCUACGGUUAAAAAGAGAAGACCAGCUCCUCGGCCUCGAAUCACCGAAUGUACCCCGCUCAAGCCACUCCCGCAGUCCCGCUAACUCCCGCUAACUCCCGCUCGAAAGAACGAAAUUGGGCAUGAUCGAACUUGAACUUCGCGAAACAGGCUCCCUAAUUUUCCCGCCCGCGGGAAAAGCAAUCUUCUGUCAACGAUUCGAAAGCAACAUGGCGCAUGAAACGAGCUUUAUAGUGGAGUAUAGUGACAGCGAAGACGAUUUAUACAAUGGUAUGUUUGAUAGUGAUUGUGAAGGAAUGUCAUCAGCAGAAGAACUUGAUUUGGAAUUAGGAUUGUUUGACGAUAAUUCAAGGCAAGUUUUGAAGGCGUUCUAUAUAUAACUUUAUAUCCUAUUUUGAUAAUAAAUGUAAAUGUGUAUAAAGUACCUAGCUAUAUAAUCGAUAUAAAGACAUAGCACUCAAUGCAGUAUUAUAAAACGUCAUGUAUAAAGUUGAAAACUGUAACGAAGGAACUUGGUAAACAACAAUUUCCAUGUACAAUGUUUUUAAAAAAAAUUAGGAAAUCAAUUGGUGAUUUCUCACCAAAAUCUGAUGCCUGGGGGUCAGCACUUGUCUUCCACGGGCCGGAGGGGGGGGGGGGGAUUACGGGCAUACCCAGGGGCAAUUGACAUUUUCGAGAAUUUGUUUGUCAAUAUUCCUCUCUCAAGGGCAGCAUAGAACUGUCAAUUAAUGUUGAAUGCCGAAGAGAUUGGGGGCGGACCAUUAGAAAUCCCGGGAUUGGGGGUGAAAAUUCAAAAAAAAAAAUUUGUGGAAAGGAAAAUGCCUGGAAAAAAAAUUCGUGCAGCCAUUACGUCAGAGAAAAAAAAUUUGUGCAAGCAAACAGCGAAGUACAAAUAGUCUUGAAAAAAAAUUCGUGCAGAGGUUAAAUGCAUUAAAAAAAAUUCCUGCAGAGACACGAGACUGAAAAAAAAAAUUCGUGCCGCAAAAAUUUUAUACCCCCCCUCCCGGGAUUUCUAAUGGUCUGCCCCUUGAAUGACCAACACUUUAAUAUAUAAUAUAAUUAUAAACUAAUUGACACAAAUUUAUCGACAACAGUUGAUAUUUGUGGAAAAUAAAACCAUGGCUCUGUAAGGAAUCGGAGCAAAUAGAUCAAAUGUAUAAAUACACUUGAUAUCAGAAUGGUCUACAGUUGUAUAAAACAGUUUUAAGUUCAACCAGAAACUGCAACUCCACGAGGGUAAUUGACCACCAGCUUUAUCUAUCUUGAUAUUGAAGUAGAACCUGGACACUAUUAAAAGUGUGAAAUAUAAAGAAAAAAAAUGCGACAAAUAAAAUAGUCUUUCCUUAUUGUAAUUUUGGCAUUACAAAUCAAUUUACAGAAGUGGAUGGUUUGUUUGAACAUGAAAUAAGAGGGGAUUUGUAAUACCCUGAGCCUUUCAACUGCAUCUACAGGUUCAGCCAUUUUGUAUUUUUACACAAGGUUUUAAAAUUGAAAAAAUGUUAAAAAUCCCCAUCCUCUGGGGGGUUGCUGCAUGUUAAAAGAAUUUAAUGCUCCACCUCAUAGGCAUUAAUUUGUUGUCAAUUGCCUGUGUAUGCCCGCACUCCCCCAUUGGGGGAAGACAUCAGUUGGUGCAUUAUCAAAUUGAUGUGACGUCAUUUUCGGCAGAUGGAAAAGGUGUUAAAUGGUGGAAAAGGUGUUAAGGUGGCUCCCUAGGGUUUUAUUUCCGGGGGUUACUCUUCGUAUAUAUGUAAACUAAAACUUGUGUGACUUCGAACGGACGUUGUGUUUUUAUAUGGAACUCUUUUGAAACAAAAGUGUGAACUUUAGUUGAAAGCAUAAAAAUAGUUCUAAAAGACAAAACGAUACUUGGAUGUGAUGUUUCAAAAGAAGAUAAUGUAAACUUGUUUUUUUUCAAGCGGUAUUCUGGAAGUUUUUUGAACCGCCGUACGCCAGGUUCGAUCGCGAACAUUGGGAUAUGAUAUAAAGUUUUCUCAAGAAUUUGCAGUGUUUUCUCCACAAUCUAGCAGCACUUAUGACAAUAAAGAUGACUUAAAUAAUGAGCCCUCUACUGGUGAAAUGAGCAGGGCCGAAACUCCAAACAUACCACCAUAAAAACUGAAAUUUGAACGGGCAUUUUGCGAAAACAUCCGACGUAUGUACUAACUCGCACGGGACGAAUUUUGACAAACAUUUUUCAAAUUAAUAUCAAGAAAUCAUAAUUAAUAAUUACCUAAAUAUCUUUGUCAAUUUUACAUGUAUAAUCCACGCUUAGUUGACCAAUAACCGACACAGUUAUAAACAGUAUAUCAAACAUCUAAUAUGGGGUAACACAUACAAAAAGAGAACACAAAAAUUAGUAAAUAUUCAGAAAAAGAUUAUUCGUCUAAUGACGUUUAAUUCUUACUUUGAACAUACCGAACCAAUAUUUAAGGAGUUAAAAAUACUAAGCACUUAUAAAUUGAAUCAAUACCUAACAAGUUUAUUUAUGUUUUGAUAUCAUAAUUUGAAGAAUUUACCAGAAACAUUCGUAAAUUAUUUCAUACCCAAUAAUAAAAUACAUGACCAUGGCACAAGGAAUGCAACUAAGCUUCACAAGACUUAUAAAAGAACGAAUUAUGUAAUCCAUACUCUUUCUAACAAAGGAGUUGAUGUUUGGAAUAGCAUAGCAUCUAAAUACAAAUCUAUUUUCUCAUAUAGUACUUUUAAAAUUAAAAUAAAAAAUUAUUAUAUAUUCAACAAUGGAUGUAUAAUGGUUUAAAAUAUAUUAUCACUUUCUUUACUGUAUAAAUAUACAUAUAUAUAGUAUCCUCCACUUCGAAUAUAUAUAAUUAAGUUUAUAUGCAUGUUAAUGUUUUAUUUUAUACUUGUUAUAUACGCUUUUAUCUUUGUUCAAUCUAAUAUAUUAUUCGAACUGACUAAAUAGAAUGAAACAAUGCAAGUAUAGUCUAUAUGGGUCUUAAUUAAAAAGCCUAGUUGGUUUCUAGAAGGCUCCUAGCCUAUCCAAAACAAUAGAAAAAUAAAUGUAAAUAACUUGAUAUUUUUUACGGGCGUAAAUAAAAAAAAAAAAAAAAUAAAUAAUUCAUAUUUUGUGAUUUCAAAAAAGUCUUGCCUUGUUCUGCAGAAUGCCUGUACACGUCAGUUGGGGUAUUAAAUUGUUCGCGUAAAAAUCUAGUAAAAUUGCGAAAAUUAAUCCCAAAUUUCUCCGUUUUCCUUCGGUAAAAUUUUUUAAAACUUUGCACAUUUUUUAGUACCGGCACAGCAAGUGCAAUAUCCUUUUUUAAAAAAAUUAAAUCGAAGGGAAAAUUUUUAAUAUUGAUUUUUGACGUUUUUUCAAUUUUCUAAGAAACGUAUCGAUUUAAUUUUUUUAAAUUGAGGGAAAAAAAUUAUUAUACAAGUAUGACCUUUUAUGCAAAGUUUUAAAAAAUUUCACCGAAGGGAAUUUUUAAAAUGACCUGAAAAAGACAAAUUUUGGGCUUUAUUCUAAGCAUGUUGUUGCCAUGACAACAGAUUUUUAACACAAAAGUUGCAAUUUUUAAUGUUCAGGAGAACAUUGUCAAUGUGUCCAAUAAAUUUCGUUUUCAUAUCAUGUAAAGUGAAGAAACAGGAGUCUCCUGAAUACUAUAGUGUAGUAAAUUAAAAAACCCUAGGGAGCCACCUUAAAUCAGUGAACACCGUUUGACACCAUCCGAAUAAUUUUGGCAUCACUUGUUCUACAUACGUGUUAUUUUUGGCAAUAAUUGCUCAGCGUCCUACGUAGACAUACUUCAGAACGUAAUUGUGUCACUAUUUUAAUCUUCCUGAAACUUGAUAUACUUGCAUAAAAUUCUAGCAGACUAGCACAAAAAUACGAGAGUCUGAUAAUUGACGUCCGCUUAAGUAGAUAAGUACUUACCAGUCCUAAGCCUAUUUAGUUACUCGCGAAAACGUCAUAUUCAACUUGCAAAGUUGCCUGUUUGCUGAGUUACUCACAUAGCGCUAAUUGCAUCAUCGAAAUUCGAAAGUCAACGUGGUUUUAUUUGCUUUUAGACAUCUACCACGCGCAAGCUAGGUGUUUUUUAGGUACAUGUUUUACUAAAUUGUUCACUAUGACUAUGAAUAGGCCACGCCCAAUCGAGUGACCACGCCCACUUGAUUUUCAAGACCGUCCCCCCACUUCUAAAAUUAGCAAAACAUCACUGGUGCUAUGUAAUCUGCUUGAGGGUGGAGGUGUAUGUGAUUAGGGUACUUUACAGUUUAAUUACCAUACCCAUAUAACACAAAUAUAUGAUGACCAUGUAUUUUAAUUCUAUGGAGAGUUUUCCCAUUCUUUAAUGACAUGUUUUGCUGGAGUAUAUUCAGUGAUUACUUGGGUACAGUAAAGUGUAAAUUUAAUUCCUGUGAUUGCAAGGAAUUGGAGAAGGGGAAUUGUUCACAUGAGGUACUUGCUGGAUAAAUUUUAAACAAAAUUUUGGUUGUUUGCAAUUUUCAUCCAACAUGCAAAGAUCUCCUUAUCCUUCAAAUCCCAUGGAAUUAAUAUAGGUUUACACCACUUAUUUGCAACAUCCCUCAGAUAAUUUAGCCUAAUUCUAAUAACCCACUGGGCAUGUGACGUUGUUUCAACAUUGAAAUUUGGUAGAAAAAGGGUUUUGACGCCGACAACGUAAUCUCAUGCAAUGUCGUUUCAACGUGUCCAUCCAAUUUGCAUUUGUAUUUAUCCAAUUUGUAAUGUACAUCCAAUGUUGAUGCAACGUUGAAUUAACGUUGUUUUGUCCACUGGGAACUUUGUAUGAUUGAAGUUGCUACCUAAAAUCAAAUUGAGAUUUUUGGUGGGUAUAGUUGGAACCAUUAAUGUAUACUUGAAGCUGGAGAUCUCUGGCAUCAUGUUAUAGGAAUUCCUAUAGGAAUACAGUAGUCCAAAAUUCCCAUAGGAUUUCCUGUUGGAAUUCCUAUAGGAAUUUUUCGUAAGGGUGGUGUUACAAAAUUGAGUACUAUGUUUAAUGUUUGUAUCUAUUGAAUGCUAUAUGUAGAGCAUGAAAUUGACAUUUUAGCUCUGGUUAGCUCUAAUUGUUUCGUUUUUCUCACUUUUGUGCGAAGAUUUCCGUGCUCUGAGAAGAUUUCCGUGCAAUUUGCGUUUCACCUUAAUGACUUGAAACUUUUCAUAUAUUUUAGCAUAUGAUGCUAAAAUAUUUAAAAAGGAAAAGAACAAAGAUGCCUCUCUUUCAAAACUGAGCAGAAACUGGGAGGUGUAACCUGUUGUCAGCUGUGACAUAAAAUAUACCAAAUCUAUGGCUUGCAGAUUUCCUUAAAAUGUGUCUAAAAUGCAUGAAAUACUAGAAAAAAAUGCCACUGGCUGGCUAGACGGUUACAGCCCUCAGCCCCCAUUCACUUGGGACUAUGCCCCUAUUGGUGUACUGUACAUCGUCAAACCUUUAUUUUGUUAACCUAGAGUUUAAAAUAUACACAAUAACAAUGCUUGGCUGCCAACUGCCUUCCUCGUUUGAACGAGGAUAACUGUAUUUCUAGCUUUAAUGUGGAAGCAUUGAUUUUAAGACCAUGAAAAGCAGAAAGAUCUGCUGAAACAAAAGUGUGACAAUAUAUUAGCCACCCUAAUAAUCUGCAAGGUGUCUGCCGUAUUAUAUUUUACACUAUCAAUCUGCAUGUAGUGAUAAUUAGCCAUUAAUAUCUCACCUGGGUUCAGAGGUUUAACUCAUGACGGCUGAACGCGAGCACCACCUGAGUGCAGGCUACAGCUUCAGCGAAACAGGAAACCUUCUGAUCCAGGGUAUAAAUAUAUGAUCACAGGGAAAUGGGGUUGAAAUGAGCGGGCUUCAGGUUGCCAGUUGCGACCAAAUUGUUCAUCUGGCGACCAGAUCUUUCCCAAAGGUACUGUAGUCCUUGUGGCGACUGAGAAAAAAAAACUUAAAAUAAUAAAGUAAUUCUAAAGCCUUAAACUCGGUGAGUCUGUGAUCAUGCAUUUAUUCUGUCAGGGCCGCAACUAGACGCGAUAAUUGGGGAGGGGGCAUAUUCAUAUUCAUGUUCACAAACCGUAAAAGCAAUCACUUUCAAAAGAAAUUAGUAGGGCAGAACACGAAUAUAUGAAUACCCACUAUCUACGAUACGCACCCCACCCGUCAAUUAUCGCGUCUAGUUACGGCCCUGCAUUCGGGGUUUUCAUAAAAUUUGGCAACACAUUAAACAACUGAUAUUAAAUUUGGUAAGCUUUCUUUAUAACCAUGAAUAAUCACAUUGGUUCAGUCUUUAAAAAAAUAUUUAAAUCAACCGGAAUUAUUUCUAAAAUUCGGCAUUAUACGAAUCAAAAUAAAUUAAAAUUGCUUUACUAUGCCCUUGUCUAUCCUUAUCUUACUUACGCUAAUUUAGCUCGGGGUAACAUGUACCCUUCAAUAUUGCAAAAAUUGUCGAGUGUACAAAAGAAAAUUGUGUGUCUAAUCACUUUCAAAUCGUAUUCUAAGCACACGGAACCAUUAUUCAAAAACAUCAUUUACUAGUGAAAUUUAUUAAAUAUUUACAAAAUAAAUUAUUAUUUGACCAGUUUAUUUAUGUUUCAAUUUUACAACAUGAACAAUAUGCCCUAAAUUUUCAACAAUUUUUUCAAAACUAAUAAUGAAAUUCAUCAUCACAAUUCACAAUACUAGAAGUUCCAAAAAACUACAUAAAACGUACACCCGAACUAAUUACAUAAGACAUACUCUCUCCAAUAAAGGAGUAGAAAUUUGAAAUAAUUUGAACGAAGAUUUAAAAUCCAUUAAAUUUUACCAAUCGUUCAAAAAACAAGCUAAACUUUAUUAUCAAAUACAAGAAUUUUAAUACAGCAUUAUAUUCUUCAUGGACUUCUAAAACAAUGCUUCCAUCAUCAUGCACUCCUAACUUCGUAUUGUUGUAUAUACUAUAUUGUAAAAUUAUAUCACAACUUUCAUUAAAAUUGUACGUUUGAAUUAUUUGCUGUAAUUAAUAGGGGCCUUGUACUAAAAGCUUCUUUAAGUUUCUUAAAGGCUCCUAGCUCUAGUAUUCAACUGAUGUUAUACUGUAUAUUCUAUCUUCUUUAUUUGGACACUCUUCUAUACUACUCAUCCAAGUCAGCUAGUGACAUUAAGAAAUACGUAAACGAGGACCUUAACUUGAUCUCUCAGUGGCUUGAUCAAAACGUACUUACAUUGAACUGCAAAAAAUCUAUUAAAGUUCGUCCUGUUUGGUAUAUCAGCCGUCUGAAGUCGUUCACUAAUAUAUCCAUACAUGUCAACGAACAUCAACUUGCCCGUGAACGUACCUUUAAAUAUCUAGGUAUAACUUUCUCAGGAAAAUCUCACUUGGUCUGACCAUUUAAAUAAUAUUUCAACAAAAAUUGACCAACGCAUCGGACUGCUAAGAAGAAUUGAAACCUUCAUUCCACUCAAAACUAGACUUAUCAUCUACAACGCUCUUAUUCUUCCACUAGUUGACUACGGAGAUAUUAUAUGGGGUCACAAGAAUAACUCCUCCUUAAUGGAUCAACUACAAGUUCUCCAGAAUAAGGCUGCAAAGACCAUACUUGACGCUCCCUACCUACCCUCAUCCACUGAAGCCCUCAACAUAUUACACUGGCAUCCACUUGCCCACCGACGCAAACUACACCGAAUGCUAACCAUAUAUAAAUUUUAAAAUAAUUUAACAGAGUUUAAUCUCGAACUGCCUAAAACUAAUCGUUUAUAUAACACAAGACGCGGAGAUUAUAUAUAUAUACCUCUGUAAGCCGAUGACAAACUGGGGAAAGCAAAAAUUGCUUUACGAGGCUUGUAAAGAGUACAACGAUUUGAACUAUAAAUCUAUAAUACUAGAUCCAUUGAACAAUUAGGAACCUUCCUAAAAUGAACUUCUCAAAUCUCUAUCUUUAUAAUACUCAUACAGUAUAUUUAAAAUAUAACUUACUAACCAUAGAUAGCUUAUAUACACUAGAUUGUGCAUCUGAUUAUUCUGCAAUUCAAAAUUGAAGCCGUGAUUGCAGUCUCAUGUCGUUCCCAUGAAAUGAGAAGAUUCUUAUGUUUUCUAUUUCUUAAACAGGGAACUUAAACAUUAAGUUAACCCUAUUCCAAAUACAUUUUUAGACUAUUCAAAUGAUGAAAGUUAUUGUUGUUUUUAAGAGUUUAUUAGCAAGUGGGAACGACCAACAUGGCCGCCAUCUAUUCAAAUGGGGAUAACCGCUAGAAUAUUCUUGGCUUCAAUUUUACUAAAAGAGAUUCGCUAUCUAGUGUAUAUAAGAUAUCUAUGUUACUAACUCUUUGUAUCCUUGUAACUAGCAAUCAUGUAUACUAUAGUCUCAUAAUUUUUCUGGUAUAGGCGCUAUCAUAUAUAUCCAUAUACCAAUAUGUAAAUACUGCACGCACACUACAGGGUGUCCCCAAAAAAUGCCCCUGUCAUAUUUGGUGGUAUUACUUCGCUAUAUUUAAUCAAAGGUUCAAAUUUUUUGCAGUGGGUUGUAAAACAAUCAUAUUAUAUUAAUCGUAGUAUUUAUCUCACCAAAAUACUUAACCGUUCGGCUUCUAGAGAUACUUAAGGUGGCGACACCAAUUUUGCAACCCGUCCAAAUUACAGAAAUUAGGUUAAAAAUAAUGCAAACUUUGCAGAACGAUUUCUAAAGUUUCUACCCACCUUUUGCUCAAAAACAAAAUUUUUUUUAUCUCUAUUAUUAAACUUUUGUUUCUUGUAGAAAUUAAUAAAAAAAAGAUGAAAAUCCCUGGCAAAUUGACAAAGGCAAAGCUAAGGUUGGGAAAAUGCCUUAAAUUUGCUGUUUUCCGUUCAAUUUGUUCCAUGAAAGAGCAAAUGUUGGGAUUUCGUCACUAGUCUUUCCCCUUUUCUGGGGAUUGCUUCAUUAUUUUUACAGAAAAUUAAUUUGCGAUUUUGGCUACAACUAAUUACCAGUUUUAGAAAAGAUAUGUAGCCAUUUACCAUUAAAAUAUUUUAUGACGUUCCGUAAUAUGUUUUUAAAAACCUAAUAUCCUCAAUUUGGACAAGUGGCAAUAUUGGUGUCGCCACCUUAAGUAACUCUAGAAGGCGAACGGUUAAAUAUUUUGGUGCGAAAAAAUGCAACGAUUAACGUAAUAUGUUCAUUGAUAAAAAAAAAUGAAAAAAUUUGAAUAUUCGAUUACAGGUAACGAUGUAGUACCACAAAAUAUGAAAGGGGGCAUUUUUUUGGGACACCCUGUAUAUAUAUUUUCUAUACUUUGUAUUUUAAUGUUUUGCAGGAACCAUCUGAAAAACACUUCUUGUGAUGUUGGUUUCCUGAAUAAAUAUUAUUAUCAUUCAUUCAUCUUAAUUAUGUAAAUAGGACGUAUUUUUAAAUAAAUAAAUAAAAAAUAAAUAACCCUGUUAUUUAAUAAUAGAAUACGAUAUAUUUAAUAUUUUUUAUCCAGAAAUUUGGACUCGCCUUACAGUGAAGACAUAACUGUUGGUCCCAGUGAAGAAGCUGAAACUUAUCAUAAAGGUGGCGGAUAUCAUUUAUAUCUUCAAAAAUGUUUUACUUCCUUUAAAUUGGUAAGUGAUCUAUUCUCAAAUGGUACACCAUCAACAGGUGUGGUAAGUGUUGGCAAGGUUGGAUUCCCUACCUCUUUGAGCGAUGUGAAAGAGUGGGCGAGGACUGUGGAAUUUGGUGACAUGAGAUGGGAGCGUCUAUCAAAUAUUUUGACAUUGCAGUGGCUGGACCAUCAACCUAUCUCAAUACUCAGUACUAUUGAUAGUGCAAAUGAGGUGGCACUUCUACACAGGAAAGUUAAGAGAGAUAACAAGUUAGAAAAAAUUGAUGUGAAUGUGCCCAAAGUUAUUCAAAAAUAUAAUCAGUGUAUUAAUAAAGUUCAUAGAUAUGAUCAUACUGUUAUGUCUAAUAACGUGUUACAGAAGUGUUAUAAGUGGUGGAAAACUUUGUUGUUCCAUUUAAUUGAUAUGUCAGUUAUUAACAGUUUUAUUCUUUUCCAGGAACAGCGAAGAAAUAAUCCUGAUAAUAAUUCCCCGGAACGUGGGGAGAAGUAUUAUGGCAUAGUUGAGUUUAGAGAGGCCCUAGUGAGGCAAAUUUGUGGUUUAGCAGAUUAUGAUGUGCCUCCAUCCUAUGUGAGUGGAAAAGAAAAACCUGUUCACGAGUAUGAAACACUCCAUAUUCCGAAGUUAGCAAAUGUGAGAAGGGUUUGUAAAGUAUGUUACAAGGCAGGGCGGGGACAGUUAACUGUUUCAACUUAUUGCUCAGCUCCACAAUGUCAGAAUUUUCUGCACAUUCGAUCUGACAAGAAUUGUUUUGAGGUAUGGCAUACAAAGGAGUAUCAUCAGCAGUGAUGUGUUGUGCAUGGGUUUUUACUUCGGUGAUUAGAUAUUUUUGUCGGCGAUCAUGCAAAAAUUGCUAAACUUCACGAUUUAUCAUAAUACAUGUACCAUUUUUGUGUGCUAUUGUAACUCUGGCCCAUUCUAAACUACAGAACCUGAGAACCACCGAAAGUUUUGAAAAUGUUAACUAUGCUCCCAUGCUUGGCUACUUCCGCAGUUGCACUUUUCCAUGUUCUUUAAAAUAAUAAGUGAUACAUCUAAAACCUGCUCUCUUAACGAACGACCUUUGCUCGAAACGCAGAAGUAUUAUUAAGGAUUCUCAUUCUGACGAGUAGCGACAUCCUGAGAUUUCGUAUAUCUACACUGCUACUCAACUUAACAGUUUUAACUAAAAUAGAUCUGUAUUAAAACAGCAUCGUAUUCUCUACUUCUGACAAAAUUAUGCAAUUUUCUAAAAGGGAAAAGGACUGUUUCUAAACUUUAAAACUCUAUGAUUGGAAUGAUCAAAUAAUUUGUGUCGAAUUAGUCUAUUCCAUCUAGAGGUGUGCAAAUCCAUCCGAAUCCGAUUCGUUCGGAUUUCGGAACCAAAAUAUUCAUAUCGGAUCGGAUUGAUAAAGUUGCGUGGUAGUCGGAUCGGACUUCGAUAUCCGAAAUAAAAUGAAUUAAUUAUCCACACAUUAUCGCAAGAAUUAAUUAUCCAUGCAUUUAUCAAAGCAUUAUCGCGGUUGUCGCUGCAUUAUUCGUUUGAUACUUCAAUUGGACGUCACUUUGUCAGCUUCUUGACAUGUAUUUCUUGCUUUUAUAUUUAUUUGGUUAAAUAUUUCAACUGGAAUGAGAAAUUUAUUUUAUUAAAUCGAUCGGAUCGGAUUGGAAUUCUUUAUCAAAAUUCGGAUCGGAUUCGGAUUAGACAAUUUCGGAUCGGAUUUUAAACAUUAGGCAAUUGUCGGAUUAUAAACGUCCAAUCCGAUCCGAUGCACAUCUCUAAAUUUCAAUCAUUCAUUCGUGAUCAACAUACACACCCUUUCUAUAAAAGGCACGUGGGUGCAUGUAUGUGAGCGUAAUUCAACAUUAUUGUCCUUUUGAAUAUUAUUAUCCUGUUGAAAAACAACUCUAUAGCCUUUCUCACGAAGGCCAAAAUCCGCCAUUUUGGGGAUAUUGUCUGCCCUCGUGAAAGAUUCUUGACAAUUCAAACAACGUGAAAAGCGACUUAUUUUUAAAUUUACCAUUAUACAAACAACUACAAUACUAAAAAGUUGUAUUUCGUGGUGCGGAGACUCUCAAACGUGGGAGAGGUAGUACCCCCAAAAUGGCUGUAAAAUUGGCGGUGUGAAAGGCUAAUUGAAGGUGAAUGCGCUUGUCAUUUUCUGGAGUUUGUCUACUUUGACAUGUUGAGUGAAAACGUGAAUGCUGUGGAUUGAGAAAGGUAUUGCAACUACCUGAAAUGCAAACAGAACUUAGAUCUUUCUAGUGAAGGCCCUUGAUCGGAAGGCGAAAGCCCUCCACUCAUCGGCGUGCACUGAGUGUCUCAAAAACAAUGCAAUAGCUGUGUUCCAUUUUUUAUACAGUCUAUUAUUAGUAAGCAUUGAAAAAUCUAAGAUAUUAAUUUUGACCCAAAGAUUACUAGUAUAGAGCUGUGCGCCGGAGCCGGAGCUCCGGCAUAUUUUGCCGUUGUUGGAAAACUCUGGCAGAGAAAAUUAUGAAACAUUAUUUCAUAUUUCUAUGAACUUUUGGAAAUAGAAAAUUAAGUUGAAUGAUUUGAACUAAGUUACUAUAAAGUUUAAUCACUUGCUCCGAUCCGAUUCGUGGUUAUGAAAUUCUUCAAGCGCAUUGCUAUCGCUUUUGAUUUUUGUAAAUCUGCUGACCCCGAUGUAUUUUGGGCGAAAAUACUACGCUGCCAUGCCAACAUGCGGUUUUACGUUCUGCAAAACAUUGUUUAAACAAGCACCGAAUCACGUAUAUGUGAUAAGUGAAAGAGAAAGCUCAAAAAGGAAUAAAAUAAAUUCUGAAAUUACACUGAAAUACUUUCGCCUGCUUCCACUUUUAAAUAUGAAAUUUCCUUGCAGGAGCCGGAGUUUUGACUGCCGGAGCCGGAGCUAAAAUAACGGGAGUUUGCACAACUCUAUAUUAGUAACGAUAGUGUUUUAAUAUUAUUUUUAAAAUAUUUUUUAAAAUAUACAUAUUUUUUUCGUUCUUUUUGAACAACAUUUUUCAUACUUAACUGGUUACGCUGAGCCAAAUAAUGUUUUGGAUUCAGUUGAAAAACUUAGAAUAUAUUAAAUAGAUAUUUUUACACCUGUUGUAAAAAUGUACACAAUUAGAAUGUACAUAUUGAAAUGGACUGUAUAUAUAUAUAUGAAUGAUCUCCAGAGCCUUCUCCAGUGGAAUAUAGAUAACUAUAUAUAUUGAUACUAAUUUCCCAUGUCCAUGAACGUAUAUCUACGUGCAUAUAGCUUUUCAACGCCAAUGUCGAGUUGGAAGACGUCAACUUUCACAGUUACCUGAAUGAUUCAUAAACCGCAUAAAACAAUGACGACAUACCAGCACCUACGCUACUAAAAUGAUAUGAAGUUCGCCCUUAUCACCAACGCAUCGACUCCGUAUAUCUCAAACCUUUUGUUCGCUUCAUCAAAGACAUUCAGAAUAUAUUACUAGACCUUUAAGCACAAUCCGCAAGAAUGUCAUGAAACUGAAAUAUAUUCGACGUUUCCUUUGACGUUGUCAGUUUAAAACUUUAAAUUGUGUACAAAAAUGCCUCGUGGUUUCAUUGGACUACAGGUAACAGUUAUUGGACACCGGUAUAGAAAAUUGCAGAAUAGUUUUUUUCAACCAUGUUGAAUUGGAAAGAAUUCACCCAGCGGGAAAUUUUGUUCUUGUGAAAAACACUUUCCAUUUCAAGAUCACACCAUUAUCAGCACAUUACCAACAAAUAUGCUAUACCAAUAUUCUAGUGAUGGAAACGAAUAUGACUCGGUGAGUACAGCGUGUUACUAUAUUGUCUUGGUUUUGAAAUGCAUCGUCAGUGUGAGGGUACUUUGGCAGUCAAGGAAAAACAAUUCUUCAAACAUUUCGAAAUGUUCCUGAAUCUUGGACUUGGCGCUUGGAUGAUUACGUUACACUUCCAUUUGGAACAAAUUCGAGUAUAUACUGUAACCUCGCGAAGCGAGAUGUGGACAUUUUUCCUCCGGAACAUUUUUAGGAGCUACAAGUACACGUCAAGGCACACAAUCCGUCUACUUAUCAAACAACAGUGAACAUUUCAAAAUGCAUCCAAGGUAUUACCUUCAUAAAAUAAUGUGACCAUCCUUAAACCCAAUAUUCCAACACCCGAUUUCAACCAACUUUAAAGAUGAUGUCCACUCCUGCAUGUGCACCUGCGCGAACUUUGUUUACGUUUUGAACUGCUAUAUUUGUAAAAUAUGAUAUACUAACUGAAUAUCUAACACUUUUCUGGUCCUCUAUGCUUGUAAAUGAAUAUAAACUGUACGUUUCACUUUCAAUUCAAAAAAGUUCGAAAGAUGCAAAGUUUGGGCAAUAUUUAUAUCUGGGGGUCCCCCUUUGUUAUGAACAGAACUGAUGCGCAGAACGGAGUGGAAAUCAUCUUUAAAGCCUACGGACCUCUGGGAAAGACGUGAAACAAAACUUAAUAACAUUGUUAAAUUAAAUAUACUGUGCAAAGCCAAAGAAUGAACUGAUUAGCUUAAUAUAUCAGAGCAAGUUUAUAUUUAUUUAUUAACUGUUUUUAUUCAGUGAUUGUAAUUUGUAAACGAAUGACCGCAUUUGUAAAAAAAUAUAUAUCGUUGGGACCGC